CUUUAUUACAACUCAUUCACAGUCUCUCUCUCUCUCUCUCUCUCCAACCCUUAGUGGUGUGAGAGGGCAAAGGCAUAGGUUCGCAGUGGUAGCAAGACGGAGGAGAACCACUGGUUAAUGGAACCAGCUGCCCAAGUUUCCGGCGGCGACGUCGGUGACGACGGCGCAACUCCACCUCCACCCUCUCAACCUCGGGAACAACAAGAACAGCUGGAGCAACAACAGCAGCAGCAGAAACCGAGCCGGUAUGAGUCGCAAAAGAGGCGGGACUGGAACACUUUUAUACAGUAUCUGACGAACCACAAGCCGCCGCUGACGGUGGGGAGGUGCGGCGGCGCGCAUGUGGUCGAGUUCUUGAAGUACCUGGACCAGUUCGGGAAGACGAAGGUACACGCGCACGGGUGCACCUACUUCGGUCAUCCGAGUCCCUCGGGGCCAUGCGAGUGCCCCACGAAGCAGGCAUGGGGCUCGCUGGACGCGCUAAUCGGGCGCCUCCGCGCCGCCUACGAGGAGAACGGUGGCGGCCGUCCGGAGUCCAACCCCUUCGGCGCCAAGGUUGUCAAGUCUCACCUCCGAGAAGUCAGAGAAAGUCAGGCCAAAGCUCGUGGCGUCGCCUACAAGAAGAAGAAGCGGAAGCGCCGCCUGCCCUCCGCCGUAGGCGAAGGGUGUUCGAGGGGCGUAGCGGGGACUGCUGCUACUGCUCCAACCACGACGAUCGCGAUGGCAACAGCUGAGGUUGCUUCUGUUAGUGCUUCCAGUGCUAGUGCUACUGCAAGUGAUGCUGCAGGGAGUUCAACGUCGGCCUCAUGAGUACAGAUUUCACUCCUUUUUAUAUUAUGCUUCCUUGCUACUAUUAUUUGGUUCGGUGGCUAACAGGGUGAGAAAUAAAGUCAAUUAGUGGACUCGAUGGAUCCUUUAAUUCUUAAUGAUGAUGAUACAAGUAUAGAACCACAAACACAAGCUUGUGAUUCAUGAGUCAAAGUUUUUUCUUCUUCUCAUUCAAACAAUAUAUUCUUAAUUCAAUCGGAUCAUGUAUCUUCCUCUAUUCAUUAUUACAUACAAGGAGAGAAGAGCGGCUAGAAUACUGUUUUGUGUGCAUCAAUCAAUCAAAGUAGUGUAACAUACCCUUUUGGAUA